GGUGCAAGCCCUUCGGAGAGGAACUCUCCCUCCCUCCUACUAGAUGAUGGAUCCGGCUCGUCUGUCGCACAUUUGUGCUGCACGAUCUAUAGCUAUAACGCAAUUCAGAUUAUAUGGUGACUAUAGGUACAUGUGCUGCAGUGAGUUUGGUUUCCUCUUUGCGAUCCUUCUCUCUGUGAUCUGCUCCACCGAAAAUAUCUCAAGUAGGUGUUCCUUUGGUCCUUCUUCUUCCUCUGGAAAGGGAUCGAAAUAUAAUACCAGAUUGCGUCCCAAAGCUGUGGAGUUGCUGUUCUUGAAGGAAGGGCUUCACAAUUCAAUUCGAUUGCGGAUGCCUGCCAUGAAUCAAUGACGGUGGAUAGAAGAAGGUAGUGGUGGGUUAGAUUCUGAGUGAUUGAAAGAGUACAGAGAGGAGGGAGCAGAUAGAGGAGUCUGAGAAAACGGCUGGGAUUUAAGGAGAUGGGAUGCUGCGGGGCCUCGUGGAGCUUCAAAGCGUCAGAUAUGGCAGUAAGAGAGCGACGACGAGGAGGUGGAGGAGCAGAUCGCAGAGAGAAGAAUCGUCGAGAAAUCCUCCUCUCUGCGAUUCCUCCUCUUUGGUGGUUUAUUUCUUUAAAUAUAUUCGCUACAGCAUAUGUAAAAUUACGAUGUGUCAAUCAUCUGUACUAUGCUACAUAUUAUGUAGCACAAAAGUGUGUUAUAGACGAGCCGGAUCCCUGGAUGAUAGAUUUUAGGUAAUUAAAAUAUGACAAUUAAUGUUUUAUAUUUCUCUUGUUGGAAAUUAAGGUUCAAAAGAUGGUCAAAAUAGUCUUUUCAAAUGUGUAAUUUUUUAAUUUAACUUUUCCCUCAAAAGUGUAUUUUCUAAUUGUCUUUAGCACUUGUGGAGUUGUAACGAGCUAAGAUAAUUCAAAAAGUUAGUCCCACAUUAGUUUGGGAGAAAAAGAAAACCUGAGAAUAUAUAUAUAUAUAUAUAUAUAUAGGAUUAUAACUUCAGGAUGCAAACCCUUUCGAGAGGAACUCUCCCUUGUUAUGUAUUUGUGGGAAUUUCGAUGAAA